AUGAUCUAUCUUACGAUUAGCCUCCAGAUGUUGCCAGAUAAUACGAAAGUCCAACCAGAACAUGUUAUUGAGGAUAUAACCAACCGAGUUGGCAAAGAGUUACGGUUUCAACGAUCACUGAAGUUUUUAGAAAUUGUCGAUGUACUGAGGCGAACCAAGAAAGGAGGAUAUAUCAGGUCGUACACAGUACAGAAGGGUCAAGAGAUCAUGUCUUCCCUGCAACAGUGUUGUCCGCUCCAAGAGAUCUAUUAUAUCAAGAUCGGUAUCAAGGAAUUGUAUACGGAUAAUAACCGAGUGGACCCCAUAACGUUGCAGAAGGAAGAGGCUGCAGAUUGCGCUAUACGUCUGGGCGAAACGUUGGAGAAAGUCCGCACGCUGAAGAGGUCUCAGGUUGUCCAAGUGUUUGAUGGCGCUGUAAAAGCAGGCUUUGUGCAAUCAUUUACAAUGCCUCCAGUCCAAACAGGGGAACUCGAUGGUGAAACACUUCGGAGGAUUCUCUCAGCCGGAUCUUACUUGAUCAGCCAAGAUUCUCCUGGGACGUUAAGACUGCUCUUGGAUAGUUGGCUUACAAAUGAGUCAAACGGCAUACAUGCUCUUGGUCCUUCUCCAUGGAGGGGUGUUCAGGGAGCCGCAGAUUAUAUGAAGACACUGGAGGACAUCAAGUUCGCUCGGUCAGUUGGUGGACGUAUCUCACGCCUGCUCUUUUUCCUGAACUAUAUGGAGCUUACGAAGCAAGAGCAAGAAGCCCACUUCCAAAAACACUUACCAGAGGUCAAGAGCAUUGUAAUUGGCCGGAUUGCUGAUGCGUACUAUGGCAGUCCUGGCCAACGCACAACCUCGCAGCCGGACAAUAAGGUCAAGCACGAUAAGGUCAACGGUUAUGUGCGUUGGGCCCGAUGGUGGUGGAAACUUGCAGGGACGCUUGGUAUUGGCGUUGUAUUGGUUUGUGACCGCCAACUAAUGUCGGCAAUGACGUCUGGCAAGUUCACGAAUUCCACGAUUGAUGCCUUUGUCACGUAUGCCAUCUAUACGCGUCCAGGAACUGUUCGCUUACUGAAGUUAUUGGAGCCAGCUGCCCGACAACUAAUGUUUGGACACGUUUCGUCCGGUCUCAUUGAUGCCAUUCGGAAUGACGAAUUUGGUCUUCUAGGACGGACUCAGCUCUCUAAUACAUAUGCUGAAGAUGGGAAAGCGUUAACCCGUAAGCAGGUGGAUAGUAGCUGGCCGACAAUCGAUUCUGAGCAAGCGGCAUUAGAUAAAGUAACUGAAGUUUUGAAGUUGGUCCCCCACGAUGAGGAUAAAUCUCUUCUGGAUCUAAACAGUGAUUGCACCACCUCCUUUGAUAAUCGUGGCUUUAACCUAUCGUGA